AUUCCUUUUCAGCAACAUAGUCUGAUCCUCUGCAUUGCCUCUACUCGUAACAGUCUCAUCAUAUAAACAUGGAGGGGAUGCCUCGGGUACCGAUGCUCCAGCCGGAGCCAAAAAUCCCAGCUAAUCAGUAUGAUGAAGAAUUCCGACUGAAGAUCAAAGAGUAUAUCCUUCUACAUUUCCAAGAUGAUCCCAGUAAAUAUGACAGUGCCAUCACAGAGAUUAUGACAAUGAAACAGAAUAUAAGUAACUCGUAUGUGGAUGUCGAAACAGCCUGCUUACUGAAGCGCUACUAUGCACAGUUACUCAUGAUGAAAAACCGCUUCCCAAUGGAAGAGGGCGAUCCAAUCAAAGUCUUGUUUUGCUGGUAUGACAGAGCGAUGGAUAUCGCUCACUCAGCUACAUACGACGACGUUGGGUUCGAGUUAGCUUGCGUGAUGUACAACAUCGGCGCUGUUCAUGCUGCAAUUGCAGCAAAUGAGUCAAGAGAGAGUGAAGAUAGUAUAAAGAAUGCUUUUAUGCAUUAUCAAUAUGCCGCCUGGCCGUUGCAACAUCUUCGCGACAAACUGAACGCAUCAAAAUAUGCUUCGGUCGAUUUCGACAAAGAGUUGUUGACCUUCUUUGUUAAUGUGCUGUUGGGCCAAGCACAAGAAUGUCUGCUUGAGAAAAGUUUGAUCGACCAUCGCAGCAAUUUGGUUGUGUCAAAAUUGGCCAUACAUCUGAGAGAUCGUUAUCGAGAAUGCUUGCACCACAUCGAAAAUUCAAAUCUCUGUGAUUAUGUCUCAUCGCAGAAAUAUAAGCAAUGGUCGCGCACAUGUGCGAUAAAAAGCGAAAUGUAUGGCGCCGUCGCGAUGAUUCAUCUGGGUUGCCAAGCAGAUGAUGACAAGAAAAUGGGAGCGAGGUAUGGCUACUAUAAGAUAGCAAAUGAUCAUUUAACGGCCAUCUUGAAGCUAGCGGAAAAGGAGGACCGAGAAGCUAUGCGAGCGUCGAUUGCAUUUCUUUCCGACGUUGUUGGGAUCAAGCUAAACAAUGCUAAGAAAGAGAAUGAAUUUAUCUAUCACGAUCGGGUGCCGGGUCCUGAUGAAUUGUGCAAAGAUCUGGAGGGACUCUGCAAAGUUCGCCCUCUCUCCUUCGAUCCUUUGGAUCCAUCGGUUGGCGGCGAUGACCUUUUUGGAGGGCUUCUACCUUCUGGUGUUGUAAAAGCCGUUUCGGAAUAUGAAGAGGAGAAAGCGAGGCUCAAACGUGAAGUCUUGGCGAGAACCAAUGCCAGGGAUGAUGAGUUGGACACAUUCUUGGUUGCCCUGAGAGUUGAUGAAAUAGACUUGGAUGCAGAAACCACGCCUAUCCUGCCAGACAUGUUGCUUGAACGGAACGCUGCUUUGACAACGCAGCCGGAUGCUAUUCCAAAGCUGCUGGACAGCUUGCAAAAAGUUAGUGAUUUGGCUCACGAAGCAGGAGCGAAAUUGGGUAAUCUGUCGUCACGAAUAGCUGAAGUGGAUCUGCCUGAAAUAACAUCCGACGAGGGUUACAAGGCAAUCAAGAGUGAAUUGGAGCGGCUUACUGAGCAUCAUCAAAAAGCAAGAUCAAACAAUGUUGAGCUACAUAAGGCUAUUGCUGCCCAUACUACCAACUUGCACUUACUUAGCUUGCCGAUAGCAGAACUCACUAGCAAACUCGCUGGACCAGCCAUCAAUGCUGGUGCCACACCUGAAGGGGCUGCUCUUCGCCGUUUACUAGAUAAAACUCGCGAAAUGCAAGCUCAAAGAGCUCAACUCGUUCAGCGGUUGACUGAUGAAAUGAACAACGAUAACAUUGCCAAGAAGCUGUUGUCAGAGAGGGACACGGAUCACAAAGAGACCUUCACCGCUGAGCUGAAAAAGCACGAGGAAACCAUCAAAUAUAUCGACGCCAAUCUCUCGGCACAGGAGAAGAUUCUCUCAGCUCUCACGGAGGCAAAUGCUGAUUUCUCGGAUUAUAGGAAGAAGAUUAAGGCAUCAUUGAAUACACGUUCUGAACAAAUAAUGACGUUGGUGACUGCAUAUGAUGUUUAUUCUGAUGUGUGCAGCAAAGUGGAAGACGGAAGAAACUUCUACACGAAGUUGCUAGACCGCCUACACAAGCUGACACUUGCUGUCGAGGGGAUUGAGGCUGCAUUUGGAGCUGAGCGACAAAAGCGCGAGGCUGAAAAGCGAUCAUUGGAGGAAAAAAUGGCUGCUAUCAAGAAAGCCAGUGAAGCUCGAGAAGCCCUCGCUGAUUUUGCAAUCGGCGGAGGUGCACCAGCUCCAGUGCCAGGUUUAUCGCCACCUGCUAGAGGUGGCCGACCUCGACUGGGUGAUUACAUGGAUUUCUAUCGCAAUAAAAUGGCUGCUGGCAAUUCUCCUGGGAUCGCACCCCUGCCAGGUGCAGCUGGUCCCUAUCAGCCUCCUCCAAUGGGUGUACCCUCUCAACCCGGUCCUUAUUAUGGAAUGCAGCCUGGACAACCGCCUCACUUCCAGGGAGGGCACCCUGGUGGAUAUGCUGGACCGCCAUCGCCUGCACCGAGCAGUAUUCCAGACUCUUCCGGUUAUCCGUACCAGCAGUUCCCAGAUGAACAUGGGCGACCAUCUCCGAUACUUCAGCAACAUCCUUACUCGCAAGUCUCACCAAUGCCUGCUGCAUCCUACGCUGCCCAAGCGAUAGCCCAAAAUCCAGCGCUUGGUCUUCCAGCGCAUCUGCAAGGCGCUCAAGCUCCCAGACAUCAAACACCUCCUCCGUCGCAGGCUUACGUGCCUCAGAUGCCACCACAGAGCAAUCAUACGCAUGUUCCUGUAUCUGCGCAAUACCCGCCUGGACAGUAUGCGCCUUAUUCGGGACCAGGGAGUAUGCCUACACCUGCGGUGGCGACUCCAAUCGCUUCUGUAAGUGCAGCACCGCCAGUGGCGCAAUGGAACGCUCCACAACAGCAAAUUCCGGCUCAUAUGGUACCGAAUGCGCAAACGCAGCAUAAUCCGCCCGUGGCACAUCCAAACUUAUCAUCUGCUUCGCAGUAUCCUGGAUCUGCUCCUUUGGCUGGAUCACAGCAUUUAAUGCAACCAGCUCCUGUCCAACAGCAGCAGCCACCCAUCUCGAUGCGACAUCAGAAUCCUAUGCUUGUUCCACAAGCAGCUCCGCAGCCAUCUCUACCUGCUGCAUCUGUGCAAAAUUACACAGGAAGGCACAGUGAACCCUAUUCGGCGCCCUUACCCCCUCAACAGCCGGCUCCGUUCCCUCCUAUGUAUGUCAAUCCUCCGUUGGGUCAGACCCAGCAAGUAUUUCCACAACGACCGGAGCCAAGUUUUGCCCCGAUACAACCUACACAGCAUUCCGCGCCAAUGAAUGGCCUCCCAAUGCAGCAAAGCUUUGACCAGCAUGUGCAGCCGGUACAACAGCAGCAGCAGUUUGCGACAAUGCCAAUGGGUAACCAAGGCAGCGGAACGCCACAGUCACAACCUGCUUCUAGACCCGGCUCACAAACACAACAACCGCUCCCACAGACUCAACAGCCGCAGCAGAACCAGCCUGUGCCUCAAUUUGCACCUAUACAACCCAAUGGAAUCUCUCCAUGGCAUGUCGGCGUAGUUCCUAGUCAGUCACCAUCUCCUUGGCACGUUGGUGUUGGCGUCGCUGGAGCACCGUCCAACAUGUCUCCUGUCCCUUCAGGCCCUGCACCUCCACAGCAGUACCAGCACGUAUCUCCUGCCCCUGCACCUCCUGCUCCUUCACAACAGUAUCAGCCACCGCAACAACCAGUACAACAACCAGUGCUAGCGCAAACUCCGGUUCAACCACAGCAGAAGCCUAUUUCAAAUGUGGAUCUUCUGGAUGGAAUAAUUGAUAACCCCAAUCUGCCACCGGCUAUGAUUCCGCAGCCAACUUCUAUGGGAAACCAAGAUCUGCUCCGAGCAUGCGCUCCAUCUUCGUCAACUAUAUCAAAUGAGUCAUUGACUCUUUCUGCUAUAAAUCGACUACCCGGAACGCCUGUUUCUUCACCGGCCCAACAAACGACAGCGCCUCCUGCACCCAAUGUUAAUAGUUCGCAGACACAAGCAACAUUGCUGAAUAAUGUAUUCAGUGCGCAAAGUCAAGUUCAGAUCCCCCCACCAGCAGCGCAAGCUCCUCGUCCUGCGGCUGCUGUUAUGCCCAUUCAACAUCAGGGAGUGUCCAACGUCCCAUCGGACCGUACAGUUUCGGUAUCUACACCGGCACCAGCGACAGCACCAGUUUCAGUUCCUACAACAACAGUAGCUUCUUCUCAGUCGUCCAGAAUUCUUCCAUUGUCUGAGCUCAUGGAUCCGUCAAAGUUCGAACUUGGCCCUGGUGAUAAAACAAGGCUCGAGAAACGCCAACUUCAUGAACAUAUCCGAAGUGGUGGUGACGUUCCAUUGCCCCAACGAGAUGAGAUUGUGUUUGAUAUUUUGAGAUCUGUGACGUGAACUCUUCGACGUUGACCAUCGACCAGCAUUGGAUUGUUGUGACUUGUGUGUGUGCCGUGUGUUUUAGUCAUCUACAUAUUUGUGAUUCAAAGUAAUAGUUCUGUGAUUACCGUGUACAUGCAAAAAUUCUUGUUUUGACCGAAUUUCUGUAAUCUGUUUCUCGUGUGCAUAAUGUGCUUCCACUUUAUCUGCUAUUUUCAUUUUUUCAUUCUCCGACUGUGAUUGUAAAGUAAGUAUGAAAAUGCCAAAUGUAAGGGUUAACUUUGCGCAAGGGUGAAGUUCCGGUGGUGGUGGUGUUUUCUGCUUAGUGAGAUUAUAUUAUUCGACUAAGUCAUGCAUGUGAUGAUUAUAUAAGUAAGCCAUAGUAGUCCAGUAAAGCUAUGUUCAUCUUGUUUAUAUAGCAGUCUUGCUAGUAAAAACUUUUCUAAAUGUUUUCUUGAAGUUUUUCAAAGUAAGGUAUGAUGAUAAAUAAAAAAUGGGGCUCUAAUCUCAUUUAUAUACCGU